ACAACACUGAGCGAACUGUGCAAAUGCCGCUCCAUGUUGUCGUGUUAUCUAUAACCCUGAGUUUAUUUGCGAUAAUCAUGUAUAAGUUUACACAGCGAGUUUUCUCGAUUUGGGUCAAGUUUGCACCGACAUAAGAAUCACUAGUGUUUUGCAGUUUCGCGAAGUGCACGUACACACGAUGUCGUCUUUUGCGCCUGAGUCGAAAGGGACCGGAAGUGGCGGCAGUGACGCCAGCGUUUAUGACGCUGACGAUGCUGAAUUCUUCCCAGGUGUCAAGAAGAUUGCUGUGGACCCUAGUGCGGGUCGAGACAACACAUUGGUGUUCAAACACUACAACCCCUCGGAGAAAGUGCAUGGACGUACCAUGGAAGAGUGGCUGCGUUUUUCCGUCUGUUUCUGGCACACGUUCCGAGGCACUGGUGCUGAUCCGUUCGGUUUCCCUACCCUGGUGCGCCCAUGGGAUGACGGCUCAAACUCCAUGGCCAACGCACGCAGGCGACUCCGGGCGGCGUUCGAGUUCUUCACGAAGUUGGGGGUCAAGUACUGGACAUUCCACGACCGUGACAUAUCACCGGAAGGUGCGACACUAGAGGAAACCAACCGGAACUUGGACGAGAUAGCGGACCUGGCGUUGAAGCUGCAGCAGACGACGGGAGUGAAGCUGCUCUGGGCCACCUCCAACCUAUUCGCGCAUCCCAGGUACAUGAACGGCGCCGCCAGCAGCCCGGAAGCGCAUGUGUUUGCGUACGGUGCCGCGCAAGUGAAGAAGUGUAUGGAAGUGGCCAAGAGAUUGGGGGCAGAAAACUUCGUGUUCUGGGGAGGCCGCGAGGGCUACCACACCCUUCUGAACACGGAUAUCCGAAAGGAGCAGAACCACAUGGCGGAGUUCUUCCGCAUGGCGGCAGCAUACAAGAAGAAGAUCGGAUUCACUGGUACAUUGCUCAUCGAGCCGAAACCCAAGGAGCCCUCCAAGCACCAGUAUGACUACGAUGCAAUGACGGUCAUUGCGUUCCUUAGGACGUAUGGUUUGGAAAAUGAAUAUAAGUUGAACAUUGAGCCAAACCACACGACCUUGGCCGGACACGGCUUUGAACACGAUGUCGUCAUGUCAUCCGCGUUUGGCAUGCUUGGCUCCGUGGACUCGAACACGGGAUCUCCGGACCUGGGCUGGGACACGGACCAGUUCCCCAUGGACCUGAAAAACUGCACACAGAUCAUGAGGGUUAUUCUGGAUCAGGGUGGCUUAGCCCCCGGUGGUCUAAAUUUCGACUGCAAAGUGCGACGAGAGUCCACGGCCCUGCAGGACAUGUUUACAGCGCACAUAGGCGCCAUGGACACCUUUGCUAGAGCGCUGAAGGUUGCAGCCACCAUUGCAGAAGAGAAGCUGUUUACCAAACAUAUUGAGGACCGAUAUUCGAGCUACUCGACGGGAAUAGGUCUGAAAAUCGACACCGGCGCUACCAGUUUUGAGGAACUAGAGCAAUAUAUACUCGCCCACGGUGAAGCCAAUGUCAAUUCCGGUCGACAGGAGCACUACGAAUCCAUGUUCAACAACUACAUGUAACCAUUGCAACGGUGACAUUGUAACUAGGGAGUAAUGUGCAUGUAAACACAGCAACUGCGACAAUGUUACUAUGAAAUCAACUAAAUGUAUUCAUAAGUGUAUCUGAUAUAUAUGAUUUUAUGUAGUGCACUUGUAACGAACAUAUUUCGUAUCAAAUAAUAUUCAUUGAAAUAAAUGGUAUGGUUGUAUUUUAACGACAUUCGAUCAGUUAUCUGUAAAAUAUCAAUUAAAACUC